GACUUCGAAAGCGGAUGGGACCAGACAGCCUGGCCGAUCUAUGCGCCUGACUGCAGCCAGGGUGGCAAGGUGACGCUCGACAGCACGACGGCCCACAGCGGCAAGAACUCGAUCAGGGUUGACGGUGCUGGUGGUUACUGCGGGCACAUCUUCUUUGGCACCACCAAGGUGCCCAGCAGCGGCGGGUUCUACGUCAGGGCCUAUGUCAAAGCGUCCAAGGCGCUCACCUCGUCGCACGUCACCUUCAUCACCAUGCCGGACCCUGCCCAGGGCACCAACAAGCAUCUCCGCAUCGGCGGGCAGAACCAGAUCCUCAUGUACAACCGCGAGUCGGACGAUGCCACGCUCCCGGAUCUCUCCCCGCAGGGCGUCUCCUCCUCAGCCGCCUUGCCGACGGGGAGCUGGGAGUGCUUCGAGUACCACGUCGGCGGAGACGGCACCAUCGAGACGUGGCUGAACGGGCAGGCCAUUGCGGGUUUGACGGCCGGGCCGGGCAUCUCCAACCCCAACGCGGCCCAGUGGACGCGCAGCUCCAUCGUCCCCAAGCCCUCGGCGGUCUACUUUGGCUGGGAGUCGUACGGCGGCGACGCCAACACCUUCUGGUACGACGACAUCGUUAUCAGCUCGACCCGUGUUGGCUGCUCCGGUACUGGACCUGGCGGCGGUACGAGCACUGCGACACCUUCGGGCCCGUCGACGACUUUCACGACGUCCACCACCCGCACCAGCACUGCGCCCGCCACCACGAGCUCUACCAGCAGCUGCACGGCUGCGCAGUGGGCGCAAUGUGCAGGCAUUGGCUACAAUGGUUGUACGACGUGUGCCUCGCCUUACACUUGCAAGUACAUCAAUGACUGGUACUCGCAGUGUCUCUGA